UUUCCUUAAACAGUUUGAAAACUCUAAAACGAAUAAUGAGUGUUAACAGUAUUGCUAUAGAGACUAUUUCGAAAAUAGGGACGAAAAAGACCAAGGUUCUUAAAUCUCAAUAUGGAAGUUCUAGUUGAACAAUUUUUUCUCAACUGGAUGAUGAAUGUAGCUUCAUGGAAACCAUUGAACUGCAUAGACAGCUUGGAGAUAAUCAUACAUCAUUAGCAUCUGUUGUUACUAUCCUUUUAAAGUGGAGUGUCAAGCCUGUAGCUGAGAAAUUCAGCAUAGUUUUUGAAUCAAACUUUGAGUUUCCUUUAAAACUCGAUAAUAUUACUAUUGAAAAAGAACUGAAGUUCCUAACCAAAACUGCUCUAUCAGCAUUUGAGGAAUGUAAGAUUAUUGUUAUCCCAGGAUUAGACUUUAAGUUAUCUAUUGAUAAGCAAAGCCAUAUCAAAAGAGAUUUUUGAUUUAAUCCAAGUUUUGAAAAAUCGAAAACAAAAAGUAGGCUAGAAUCUCAAAAGCUUUUCAAAUUAUUUCCAAAAAGAAGAGGUUUAAAUACUCUUGAGGAACAGAAGGAAAAGAGCUCCUUUAAACUCGAUUCUACUACUCUUAAUAGCAAAAAUAAGCCUAAAGACAUUGAGUUGAUCAUUGAAUGAAAGCAAGAUCACAAGAGACAUACUCCACUAUCAAAAGAAAGCAUGAAUGAGGAUUCCAAGAUACUUCAGUUCAAAGGGAGUUAUAAAUAGACUUCGAGAUCUUAGAGACUCCUACAAGAAAUGAAAAAUUAUAUCUCUAUACGAAAGGCUUAAGAAUAAAGAUAGUCGGAUCCUUAAAACCCUCACUGAUAAAGAAUGCUGUAUUUGACUGAACUCAAUCCGGGACAAAAUGGCUAAACCUGAAAAAUGCGAACAUAUGUUCUGAUAUAUUUGUCUGAAGAAUUGGUGAAAUGUGACUAACAGAUGUCCUCUUUGAAAAGUAGAGAUCUUGAAUAUUCAUGUAAUGCAAAAACCUAUCUUAGCACUUCCAGAAGAUGAGAAUGUAAAACCUGUAAUAGAGAAGAUUGAGCCAAAGAUAAAUGCUUAUGAGCAAGCGCUGAUGAUCUGGAACAUGCUGGAGGAUGUAUGCUACUUAUGUCAUACUGCUGCAAAUGAAGAGUUACUCCUUAUAUGUGAUCACUGAAAUUCUAAGAUAUGCCAUACCCAUUGUGACGGGCUUAGUUAUAUUCCUGUUAAUGACUGGUAUUGACAUACGUGAAGAAAUCUUCCUCAGAUAAGGAAUGAUCCUGAGCAUAAUUGUAAUAAAAUAGAAGCUUCACAGGCAUCAAACCCUGUAUUAUCCCAAGGAAGACCAUACGAGCAAAGACAAGAGAGGGUGUCAACUUGAUUGUCUUCUAUGAGCAAUAUUCCAGAGAGCUUGUGUAUGCAGUCCCAAAAAUCUUGAGAUUUCAACUCAGGAUUACAGCAACCACACUCCUUGAUAUUCUCUCCUUCCUUUACUGCUCGAUCUAGGAAAAAGAUGAGGAGUCGUCAUAAUAAAGAGAGUAGAAAAUUAAGGAAAUUCGAGGAUGACGAAGAAUUUAAACUCCAAGAUUUUCCAAAGAACUUUAAUGACCAUUCCGACACUGAAUGCUGCACACAAACCAACUUUAGUGGUGAGCUCCAACCUUCUUGUAAGAAGUAUAGCAUAAGAGCUAGGGAUAGGAGAAUUGAUUACGCUGAGUUCUCAGAUGAAGCUUUUGAUACAGUCAAUAAUGCAUCUUUCCAAGAUGGAUUUUCUCCAGAUAAUUCAUUCGAUUAUGCCAUUAAUACUAUUCCUAGUGCGUUUCAAAGAAAGAGAGAUAAGAAAAAUGGCAAAAGGAGUUUGUCAAGUGCUAAAAGUAAUGUAACAUCUGCUGGAUCUCCCAUUUUUCCAGAAAUGAUAAAUUUAUGUAUUAGUGACGAAUCAGAUGAUGAUGUAGGAGCUCUUCAUAAUAAAGAUUUGCUUGUUAGAUGUGGCAUAGAUACUAAGGUUAUCUCCAAAGAGCAGGAGUGUGCAGAUUUUGAAAAGAUUUUAUCAGAAAAAUCACACAUGAUCAAAAAUUCAAAAUGACGCACUAGGAUUAUUUCAGAACCCAAGGCUAAUAAUAAUUUAAUUUACCUAAAAGGAUCACGAAAGGAUAAUCGGGGUGCAAUCUCUGAUCUUCACUCUUCUCAAUCAAAGGAAUCAGGUGAUUCUACGAUAACUAAGGAACAGAUGGAGAGUUUCCUUCCUGAACGAAAGGGUUCUAAAACUUAGUGCCUUUAAUUUAAAAAUAUUUUAAACUGAA